GAGAAUUAUUGGACAAAACACCUAGAAAAAUCAUUAUAUAAGUUUUCAAAUCAAAACAAAUAUGUGAGAAGUGAAUAAAACAAUGCGCAUUAGAAUGUGGGAAGAAAAACAAAAAGGAAGUUCAGCAAUUUCUUGUCUGUGUGAGCGUUUUUAGCAUACACAACAGGACAUCCGGCAGGAAUGGUAGAAACAGCUGGCCGUUGAGGAUUGCAUUUCCCUGAGGGUUAUGGUGUUGAAAUGAACAUUAGGAACAUUACGCUUUGAGGAUGGUAAGAAAGAAUAACUGUCCUUGGUGAGUGUCAAAAUCGUGCCCGUUCACAGUGGUGUCAGUUUAUGAUUACCAUUCGGAGAAGAACAACGUAGCAAGGGAAAACAGUGAUAUACAUGAAAAAAGUUCAAUGCAGCAUACUCCCCUCGGGUUGUUAGUGCAACGUUUAUUUGGAAUAAGUUGAACGGGGUUAAUAAGCUGUAAAAUAAAGGCAUCCCAGUACCCUACUGUCAUGAAUCAUGUGGCAAAAUUUUGGCCAUUGUCUGAUGUUCAUUUGGGAAGGAACAAUUCCGGCCUGGUGUUCAAUAGCAAGACAUUGUACCGCUUAGCAAUUGAAGCAACAACGAGGAACUUCUCCAACAAUCCACGAUGUACGGCUUAUAGAGAAGCCAUCGACGAGCUGCCGUUGGGCAUACGCUUCAACGUGUUAAGUGAAAUGUGUGAUUAUCCCAGCCUAGUGGACGUUCAGUUGAAAAUUCUUUCCGAUCCACUGCUGAUCAGUGACUUUAUAAGAAACUUCUCCAGUGAUCUAACUCCUUUAGUACAAUGCCUUCAAUGGCUGGAAAGUGUCAAAAAGUCGCUUCCGAUACAGCUGUUUCGACAAUACAAAAAACUUAUCGACGAGAACAUCCGUACCGGUGGCUUAUCCCGUUUCGACUACAGGUGUGGGUUACGAAUAGGCACGUUUCUAACCGAGACUGGGUGGCUUGUGGAAGCCAUCGGAAUACUGCAGCUUACUCAGCAACAUGCGCAAUUUGGAACGGCCGAAGAACUCUCUGUACUAAGACAGUUGAUGCGUGCCCAGACUCUUGCUGGAAAACUGAUCAACGCCAACAAAACUUACGAUCGCAUGAAAAGGAUGCUGGGCAAAGUGGUUCAACAGAGGUUGAUGUUUCAAAAUUUGCCAGAAAAAGAGCGGGAAGUACAGCGUUUGCAAGAUCUACAGGCCGGUGUAUGUCAUGCUUUCUCAUUGUAUCACUUUGAAGAUUUAAACUUGAUCGAUAGUUACGAGUACGGUAUGCAAUCGUUAAGUAUGAUCAGCGCACGAUCACCCAGCCGACUGCUGGUGGAUGUUUUACGACAAAUUGCCCGCGCCUGCACUGGCAGUCAGAUGUAUGCAAAAGCUGCCUGCAUGCUAAAGUUUGCGAUCGGUUUAGUUGCGCAUGAAUAUGGCCGUGGGAGUGGACUGUAUGCGGAAACGCUAGAGGAUCUGGCUAUUCUGCUACUUGCCUGCAAUCAAGUCAGUGAAAGUGUCGAUGUGUAUGCAGAUGCUCAACAUAUCUAUAUGCAGCUAUACGGUGCACGCAAUUUGCUGCAUUCGAUUGCUCAGGGUAAUCUAGCGUAUGGGCUGUAUCUGCAGGCAUACGUUACUGGUCGUCGGGAUCGUGCACUCCAUCAUGUGACAAAGGCUGUCGAAAAUUAUAAACGCAUCUUACCGCCGGACCAUCGAAUGUUGACUCAGGCUCGGCGACUGAGUGUUAUUAUGGAUCUUUUUACUUUUGGAAGUGUUGCUGGUAGUGAUUUGGAUGGGAUCAAUGUGGUGUCAAUUAAUCAUAAGGAAAUUGAAGCUUUAUCUGUAAGAGAGGUUUGGGCACAUUUUCACGAAAUAAAUAAAUCAUACAACGAUGAGUAA